UCAACAUCUACCUACUCCCAGUUCUUUGUCGAUACCAUCUUAAUAAUUAUCCCCACCUUUUUCUUCAGAAACAUUACAACACUUUAAUAUCAUCAGAUUUACGGAGUAUCAUUCAUUGUAUUUCAUUCGACAUGGGGAAGUUGUUCGGCAGGUUGUUCCAGAAGCCAAGCGACACUGUGGGAACCCAGGAGCCGCGUCUCGCCCCCUCGGCCGCAGUCUCCGCCGCCACCGCCAACGCCAACAGCAACGACCGUGCCUGUGACUCGAGCGCCCAUGCCCACUUCGCCGCCGCCGUUGCUGAUAACCCUGACUCUCCAGGGUCGCUCAUCAAUUCGGGCUCAAGCUCGCUGACGCAGUCGCAGUCGCAGUCGCCGUCGCCCCAGCCCAAGACCCCUACCACGGGCCAUUUUCUGCCUGGCGCUCACGCUAAUAUUGCUUCUAAAUCCGUUGUUCCAGCCGCUGCCUCGGUGCUGUCGAGCACUAUUACUACCGCUAAAGCUGCUGCCCCCCAACUCUCCAUCGGCGACUUUGAUCCUUGUAUUCCCACCAACACUUCCCUCGUCGACCUCACCGAAGAGUUCCAAACCGUUGAUACCGACUUUCACAUUCACAAUAGCGACAUUGCCAUUCAACCAGUCGACUACACACUUCCUGAAGACACCGAAAUCACCAUGACUACCGGGCCAUCCCUCGACCCUUCUAUGGGCCGCCGGGACUCUUUUGUCAGCGCUGGCCCUAAGCCCAUAUCGAUGAACAAUCCCAACCGUGGUGACAAUGCGAACCGCAAUAGAAGGGAGUCUCUUGCUGGUAGCCUCAUGGGAGGCGGCAUGAGCUGGGGAGGCAUGUCCUUUGGUAGUUUUGUCAGAGACGAGUAAGUCACCGCACUGCAUACUUUAUCUUCAUCAUCUUUGUAUUUGAAAUAUUGCCCUCGCUUUGGCUCCUUGGCCGAGCGGCCACUGCUCUGUCACGAUUAGGCUUCCUUUGUUCGCUCUAUACACAACCUCAUUCCGUUGGACCAAAGCGACC